AAAUUAUGUGUGUAUUCUUCCAUGGAUCCUGCUCGAUACUGUUGUUACCACAUGUAGCAGACAAGUGGUAGGGCUUGUGUUUCAUUUUCCUCUGUCCCAUGAAGUAAGUUCAAUUAUAGUACUGCAAAGUAGCAACAGCUUUCCAAAUAACAUAUCAUUCUUACUAUAACUGAUUAAUCUUUUUUAAUAAUAUACUUCACCUAAUUUAUGUACACAUUUUUUAUAUGAUUAUCAUAUUUCAACAAAACUUAAAUUAUGAAUUGCGGAAUUGCAUAAAUCAUCAUGCACUGCAUCAUGCUAGAAGCCAUACAUUAAGUGGGGAUGACUCAGUGUCACAUGAGUUCUUAUGAAGCUGAUAAUUUAGGGGCUCUACCUCUGUUCAGUAAAACAUGAUGUAAGCUUCAUAAGUUAGUUAGCACGGUACUUCCCAGUGUAUAGUCAACCAGCUUGCUAGGUUCCUAGUAUGACAUCAUGCUAAUGGUAGUCUAUCAUCAUGUGAAGCUCCAAGAGAUACGCGAACCAGAUUCUGAACAGUGAAGACGUGUUUGUGAACGUCUCGCCUUCACACAAAGGGACAAAGGAGUACAAGUCCUGAGUACAAGUGUAAUAAAUUAUAUAACCUUAACGAAAAUAAAGUGUGAGUGUUUUUAAAUUUGUUGUGGCUUUUGUUGACCGUCUUGUUGGAGCCAAGACCCACUUAACGACCCUGGGAAAGUGUCAUGUUCUCUACUGAGUGGCGCCCAGUACACCACACUACAGAACACCAGAGUUGUUAAACAGCGAAAGGUGAGGCUAUGCUUCUCCUGGCCCUCUGGAGUCACUAUAAGGCGAUUCACAGUGAGCAGCUGCGUCUAACUUAACCCUUAACCAGUGAGCAGCUGCGGCCAUCUUAACCCACAGACGGCAGGCAAGAAGAUGAAAGUUUCUGAACUGAAAGACCAUGUCAGGGGUGACAAUACACAAGGAUGGGCGAACAGUUACGGCACCAGUCUUGAUGUGGGUGAAAGCUCUGGACCUUUUGUUAGAUCGUUUGAAAAUAGCUGGUGUUGAUUUCAGCAGAGUAGCUUCACUGUCAGGUACAGCCCAGCAGCAUGGCUCUGUGUACUGGCAGAAAGGGGUACAUCAGAAGCUCCAAUCACUGCAGCCAAACAGGUUUCUGCAUGACCAGUUGAGAGAUGCAUUCUCAUUGGCUGAUUCCCCCAUAUGGCAAGAUUCCAGCACAACAGAACAGUGUCAGCAACUGGAAAAUGCAGUUGGGGGCCCUGAGAAAUUAGCAGAGAUUACAGGUUCACGGGCAUAUGAGAGGUUCACAGGAUCACAGAUUGCAAAGGUUUACCAGACAAAGAAGGCUGUGUACAACAAUACUGAGAGGAUUUCUUUAAUAAGCAGUUUUGCAUGUUCGCUGUUUGUUGGCGACUAUGCACCUAUAGAUUAUGCAGAUGCGUCUGGCAUGAACAUGAUGGACCUGAAAACAAAAGAGUGGUCACCGCAGAUUCUCCAGGCAGUCGCACCCGAUGUAGAAGCUAAGCUUGGUACCCCUGUUCCUUCAUAUACUAACAUAGGCCCUGUUUCGAAGUUUUACGUUGAAAGAUUUGGAUUCAACCCUCAGUGUAGAGUGAUUGCAUUUACGGGUGAUAAUCCGGCUUCACUCAUAGGGAUGCGAUUGAAGACAGGUGAUAUCGCAGUCAGUUUGGGAACGAGCGACACUCUGUUCCUGAGUCUCAGACAGCCCAAACUUAUUCUUGAAGGUCAUAUACUCAGCAGUCCAAUUGACAAAGAUGGAUAUAUGGCGCUGUUAUGCUUUAAGAAUGGAUCUCUGACUCGGGAAAGAAUUCGUGACAGCUGUGUGGAAGGCUCGUGGAAAUUAUUCAAUGAACUUCUGAAUAGCACCCCUCGAGGAAACUUUGGCAACAUGGGAGUGUACUAUGACAUACAGGAGAUCAUUCCAUCCGUGAAAGGGGACUAUCGUGUGAACAAAGCUAAUGUUCAAUUAUCCAAGUUCAACAGCAAAGAAAUAGAAGUGCGUGCUCUAAUAGAAGGACAGUUUCUGGGGAAGCGGGCAUAUGCAGAAGACCUUGGAGUUAGUUUAGGUGAGAACACGAGAAUAUUUGCCACUGGAGGAGCAUCGAAUAAUUCAGCUAUCCUCCAAGUUCUUGCUGAUGUAUUCAACUCUCCUGUCUAUACUCUUGAAGCAUCCAAUUCUGCCAUGCUGGGGUCUGCAUACCAGGCUAAAUAUGGCCUUGUGCGUAGUGACACAAGUUUUGCAGAAAUGACACAAAAUCUUCCUCCACCUGUGCUUGCCUGUGAGCCUAGUAGGGAUGCAAAUGAGAUAUAUGCUCCAAUGGUUGAAAGAUACAGAGCUCUUAUCAAGAAUAUUACUAACCAGAAGUAAGCGUGGAUCUGGAAGUACCAGUCUGGUGGUAGCACUUGUUCCUUACCACUUACAGAGCAGGUUACAGUGUUAGAAUUCUGUGGCAGUAACAAUCGGUAACUGAAAUUAAUUGUAGUUAAGGUACACUGCUUGAGAUUAAUUGUAGGAUAGCAAAAUGGCAGUGGGGUAGGGUACAGCAUAUUGGUAGCUGGGAAAUAUAUACGCUUAAGCUGGGUUGCAUCAUCAUCAUCAUCAUCAUCAUCAUCAUAUAUUGAUGUAGAUCAUUACAUCAUCAGUUAAAAGGUCACUAAAUUCUAUUUUCAACUUAUAGUGGGAACCAGAAUUGCCAUACUGGAGGUGUCAUUAAAAACACAGGACCUUUCUUCCAUAAGGGUGCAUCCUGAAGGUAUGAUAGUUGCUAGUUGCUAGCUUCCCACCACAGCAUCCCGGGUUCAAGCCCGGGUAAGGUCAUGUGGGAUUUGUGGUGGACAAAAUG